UCAUUGCGAAGAUACACACAAACACAACGAAGAUGGCUUCCGGCGGCCAAACGAAGAUGGUUGCCGUUGGCAUGCUGCUGGUCAUCCUGUUCGCCGCGGUGGCUCACGCCGUCCUAGUGCCGCCAGUGCCGCCGCACCACCAAGCCUGCAUCCACACGACGGGCGAGGUUCCCGCCGCCAGUGACUGCAUCUGCUCCAAGAACUGCGCAUGCGCCAGAAAGUGCAUCUUAGCAGGCGGCACGGGCGACCAUGUCAAGGCCCGCUUCAUCGAUUGUGUGCUCAAGAACGACUGCAGGUGCAACGAUAACUGCUUCGCCCACCAGCCCCCGGUGCCCAUCAUCCUAGCAGAGCACCAAAAGUGAGGCCUCUGACGACCUUGUCACGUCUGCGUCCACGCCUGCUUCUCAAUCAGUUUGGUCCAUGCUACGUACGUACUUUGUCACCGUAAUUUUUGGUAAAUUUCCCGUGCUUGCAUCUACUUUGGGUAUCCGUCGCCUGUCUCCGUGUAUUGCUGAAAAAUAAAAUGUCGUCUCAUUUGUAUCCAUGUUACUCCGACGCGUGACAAUAUUUGUAUUUGGCUACAAUUAUAUUAAAUAUAUAUUGGGUUUGUAUCUUUA